AGGGAUGAGUGUGUGAAUGCUCUAGAGAAUGUCAAUAUUAUUGAAGGAGGAAGUUUUGGGUACCCAUAAUUGCAUUAAUGUAGACAAGCCCUCAGGACUAGAUGGGAUCUAUCCCAGAUUACUGCGAGAGGCAAAGGAAGAAAUAGCUGGGGCAUUAGCAGAUAUCUUCAUAUGCUCUUUGACCACAGACAAAGUUCCAGAGGACUGGAGAUUAACCAAUGUUGUUCCUUUGUUUAAGAAAGGAAGCAGGCAUAAUCCAGGAAAUUAUAGGCCCGGUGAGCCUGACGACUGUGGUGGCGAAGCUUUUGGAGAAGAUACUGAGGGACAAAUUAUGCACAUUUGGAAGAAGAUGGUCUAUUGAAUGCUAGUCGAUCCAGAACACCCAAGUAUAUCUGCUGGCUAGGAUUUACAAAGAUGGCACACCCCAUCCAAUGGGCACGGUACAGAUGGCAGAGAUUGCUGUCCACAGAUGGAAGCAAUAAUGGGUACACUCUAUCAUCAUUCCCAGGAUGGUUCAAAACUUCCCAACCACACAAAACUGGAUGCAAACAUCGAUUAGUAAUUCCUUGCCUUGGUGGAUUUACUGAAGAAUAUGAAAAGGUUUUCAAGAAUUACAUGACCAAUAGGAUUCAAACAACCAAAUAUACCUUGCUGAACUUUAUUCCAAGGAAUUUGUUUGAACAGUUUCACAGGGUUGCAAAUCUUUACUUCCUGUUCAUUGUUGUUCUCAACUGGGUCCCAUUAGUGGAAGCAUUUCAAAAGGAGAUAACCAUGCUGCCAUUAGUAGUGGUUCUUGCAAUUACUGGAAUUAAAGAUGGAAUUGAAGAUUACCGUCGCUACAAAUUUGACAAGCAAAUAAACAACCGAACAACUAAAGUAUAUGACAAACACAAAAAAAAGUACCUUGUUAAAUGGUGGAAAGAAGUUCACGUAGGGGAUUUCAUUCGAUUGUCUUGCAACGAGAUCAUCCCUGCAGAUAUGGUGCUGCUGUAUUCCACUGAUGUUGAUGGGAUCUGCCACAUUGAAACCUCCAAUCUGGAUGGAGAAACCAACCUGAAGCAGAGACAGGUUGUUAAGGGAUUCACAAACCUGGGCUGUGAAGCUGAUCCUGAGCAGUUCGCCAGCAGAAUAGAAUGUGAAAGUCCGAACAAUGAUCUAAACAAGUUUAAAGGGUAUAUGAUACAUCAAAAUAAAGAGCGUGUUGGUCUUAAUAAGAACAAUCUUUUGCUUCGAGGUUGUACCAUUAGGAAUACUGAGGCUGUUGUUGGAAUUGUAGUUUAUGCAGGUGAUCAUUCGUUAUUUAUUUCUAAACCAGGACACGAAACCAAAGCGAUGAUGAAUAACAGUGGCCCUCGCUACAAGCGCAGCAAACUUGAAAGAAAGCUUAAUACAGACGUUCUUUGGUGUGUGGUCCUACUAUUCAUGAUGUGUCUAACUGGAGCAUUUGGUCAUGGAGUUUGGUUAAGUAGCUAUUCGCAGUUCCCUACUUUUAAUGUCCCACAGCCAGAUGGAGAACAUACCCUUCCAGCUUUGGCCGCAUUCUACAUGUUCUGGACCAUGAUCAUUUUACUACAGGUAUUGAUCCCAAUUUCCUUGUAUGUGUCCAUUGAAAUUGUCAAGCUGGGCCAAAUACUACUCCUCCAGAGUGACAUUGAUUUGUAUGAUGAAAAUACAAAUUCUACCAUUCAGUGUCGGGCAUUGAACAUCACUGAAGACCUGGGGCAGAUUGAAUACCUAUUUUCAGAUAAAACUGGAACACUUACAGAGAACAAAAUGGUUUUCUGCAGGUGCAACAUUGCUGGGAUUGAGUAUUUUCAUGAAGAAAAUGCAAAAAGGCUGGAGUUCUAUCAGGAUUUUAAUUCUGAAGAUUUUUGUAACAUUUCUGUGGAACCUAUUUGUAAGUGUCACCAUUCGAACAGCUGCAGAUCUCUACCAACAGUGGGAAGCCACAGCUCAUUGAAUUUCUUGACUGCUAAAUGCUCAACAUUGACUAAGAAAGAUGUAUAUGAGGAUAAACAUGAAACAAUUUCAUAUUCACGUAAAGUGGCAUUCAGCACCUCAAUUGAGAGAGAUGUUGCACCAGAUUCUCAACUUCUAAGGAAAUUAGAACUAAUCACGUCUCAACCGCUAUAUUUAUUGGAUAAGGCAGAAAAUGUGCCUUGCCUGGAAUACACUUAUAUUCUGGACUUCUUCCUUGCCUUAGCCAUCUGUAACACUGUUGUGGUGUCAUCCCUGAACCAGCCACGACAGCGGGUCAGAAUACCUUCAGUCAGCAAUUCUCCAAGCAAGUCGCUGGAAGAGAUAAAGCAAAUGUUUCAUAAAUUUUCAGUGUCUAGUGCAAGCCCUUCAUCUCUUUCAAGUGGAAAAUAUUCAUCUACAGAAAGUCCAAGUACUUUUACUAACAGACUGCUGAAUCGAGUGAAGCCGGCUUCCUCACCCAGUGUACUCCAAAAACAAAUGGAAAAAUCUGUUGGAUUAACUAAGGAAGUUAAAGCCACUGGUGGCCCCUCUGAAACUAAUGAAAAUGUUCAAAAUAUGUCAAAAGAGCUUGAUGAAACUGCAGGCAGUUCACCUGCAGGUCGGGGCACCUCCGCAGAAGAAUUGCGUUAUGAAGCUGAGAGUCCAGAUGAAGCUGCGUUAGUACAUGCGGCUCGGGCCUAUAAAUGCACUUUAAUAUCUAAGACCUGUAAUCAAGUCACUGUGGAACUUAACAAAAUAGGACAAUUGCAUUUUCAACUCUUGCAUAUCUUACCAUUUGACUCAAUUCGAAAGAGAAUGUCUGUGGUAGUCCGACAUCCACUGACUAAUAAAGUGGUUGUUUAUACAAAAGGUGCUGAUUCAGUAAUGAUGGAUCUUUUGGAUGUCUCUGCUAAAGGCCAUGAGGAACAGAAGAUCAUUCAGGAAAGGACUCAACAUUAUUUAGAUGAUUAUGCUAAAGAGGGACUCCGUACUCUCUGCAUUGCUAAGAAGGUGAUGAAUGAUUCUGAAUACGCAGAGUGGGUACAAUUUCAUCUCUUAGCAGAGACAAGUAUUGAUAACCAGGAGGAGCUACUAUUCGAAUCAGCUCUUAAGCUGGAAACUAACCUAACACUGCUUGGUGCUACGGGUAUUGUAGAUCGUUUACAGGAAGGUGUCCCAGACACUAUUGUGGCACUUCGAAAGGCAAAGAUAAAGAUUUGGGUCUUAACAGGAGACAAACAAGAAACUGCUGUUAAUAUUGCCUAUGCAUGUAAACUCCUGGAAAGAAAAGACAGCAUUUUCACUCUUAACACACAGAACAAGGCUUAUGUGAAUCUCUUGUUCUGGUACCAGUUGUUCUGUGGAUUCUCUGGUACAUCAAUGAUUGACUAUUGGAUCCUCAUUUUAUUUAACCUCCUUUUCACAUCUGUUCCACCAAUUAUCUAUGGCAUCCUCGAUAAAGAUGUUUCUGCAGAGACUCUUCUCCAACUACCAGAACUCUACAGUAGUGGGCAGCAUUCUGAGGCCUACUUAUCAUCAACGUUUUGGAUCAGUAUAUUGGAUGCCUUUUAUCAAAGUCUUGUUUGCUUCUUUGUUCCAUAUUUUACUUACUUUGGCUCAGAUAUGGAUAUCUACUCAUUCGGAACACCUAUCAAUACUGCCAUACUGUGCGUUAUCCUUUUACACUUAAUGAUAGAAGGCAACACUUUGACAUGGAUUCAUUGGGCUAUAAUGGGAGGCAGUGCUUUACUUUACUUUGUGUUUGCACUGGCUUUUGGAGGAACUUGUAUAAACUGCAACCAUCCAUCAAAUCCAUAUUGGAUCAUGGAGCAACAAAUGUCAGACCCACUCUUCUACUUGGUCUGCAUCCUCGCUACAGUGAUAGCUUUGCUCCCCAGGUACGUCUAUCGCAUUUUCCAAGGAACAGUAUUCCCAACUCCCCUGCUCAAAGCUCGUCAACUGGACAAGCUGAGCUCUAAGGGAUGCAAGAAGUCAACCCAAGAGUGGAAUGGUACCCCGCCAGACUGUAAGGUACCUAUUGUGAAUACCUUCAACAACUCUGUAACUAACGUUACCAUUUUGAGAAAAAAAUGUUCAGAUCAGACUAACGUUUUAUCAAAGGAUGAAGCACCUUUGGUUGCUGCACCAGCAAAAGAAGAAUCUGCCAUGACUGUAAUUCCAUUGACUGAAAUUCCAUCAGAAAACAAUAGUAUAUUUGCCAAGGGAAGUGCUGUUUUGUUUAAAGCAAAAAUGGUUCCAAACUCUGACCUGGUAGAAGAAUCGUAUGCAAAUCCUGACUCUGACAGCUUGCACACUCAAAUGCAUUCAGAAGAAGACAAUGAAGGAAUGGCUUUGCAAUCUAAGAACAAAAAUACCUCCUCUUCCAUAUGGGGUAAGACUGGUAGAUUACAGGAAUUUCCUCCAGCAGUGUGCUAAUACUACUUAAUCAGAAAGGACGCCAUGAGCUGCUUGCUACACGGGGGUAAAAACAAUUUUUUAUGUCACUGUUUUGAGAUGAAAUAAUUUAUUUUGGCCAGUAUUGCUGUUCAACAUGUUGUUGCAGACCACAAACUAUACUACUGCCUUGCUGAAGAGCUUCUCUCUAAUACGAAAAUAUGAUGCACCAUGGAAUAUUGAGAUAUAAGUUGCUGCGUUUCAAUCCCUGUGGACUGAACUCCUGAUGUCAAUCAUGUCCCUGUGCAUAUCCGUUACAUGGAGUGUAUGACUUCUUUACAGGAAAAAUAGCAUUUCCUUAUUGGCCUUCACUAGAAAUAAGACAAAGAGGGAAUGCAGCACUGAAUCCCUGGUCACUUCACAGUCAGGCAACAAUCAGGAGGACAAAUGAAGUUAGGCAAGCCAUUAAUAGCUAUCAGAGUCAAAUUAUCAUGCUGUUUUUACCUGUUGAUUUUCUAAAAAUAUUGAAUUCUAAUCAUGUUCUCAUCUUUGGGAAUAGCAUUAUUUUCAAAGCUCAAUUUAGGACUAUUUAAUGAAUUCGAUGCAAUGCAAAUAAUGGUCCUUUUAAAAAUGGGCAUGUGUCAAAAGGUGAUUUUCAAAUAUAAAAACAGGAUGUAAACAGAAAUAUUAACUCUGAAUAAAGUAAGUCAGUAUGGUUUGGAAUUCCUUGAAAAUUGGUACUGUACGUUCAGCAUAGAACAAAUUUCAAAAUGAAAGAAAGAUCGAAGAAUUUCAGACACAUGUGACUCAUUGCAAUUUUUAAUGUUGCACCCAAAUUUCUUCUUUGUUGUGACAUUUUUGUGAAACUUACGCUCCUCAUUAAAAAUGAGUUCUGUUGCCAUGUAUAACAGUUUGUAACAGUUAUGAACAGAUUUUAAAUUUGCAGCUAUAUAUGGGUGCAAAAGAAUGUAAAAAUUAUAUAUUUCUGGUGUUUUCAUAAAAUCUUUUCUGAUUAUGUUCGAGUUUAUUUUGAUUUCUCCUCACUGGUACCUUUUAUUUGUAUCUUUGACUGCAUCAGUAUAACAUCAAAACAGUUUGCAUUAAAAAAUUUAUAAUUUCCGUGAUUACAUAAGGAAUGUUCAGUGGUUUCAAAUGUCAGAUUGCAUGCACAAGGAGGGACUUAAAGAAGGGAUCUGGUGUAACUUUGCCACUUACCUCAGGUUCAAGUUGCUUGCCUGUUGUGUGCUUUUUUUUUUAAUGCUGUUCUUCACUUUCUAAGGUAUGCUGAUGGGAUCCUCAAGAAAUUUAGGUUUUGCUCGAUGGACAAACUAUUGUAAGGUUUGCUGAUUUGUGCCGUUUCAGGAAAUUCUGCACCAACUUUCAUUUCAUCAGUCAAUGGAAAAACCAAAGUUUUAACUCUAUAAUUCUACCUCUCACCACCAUUAGAAAUGUCAACCAACACUAUGCAGUCACAACCCUUGG